AGAGCAGCAUGUAUCAUGUGACUUCAUAGCGUAGCUACACAGACGCGUAUUCUUUAACCCCGAUCGUUAGACCAGUGCCAUUGGGGCUCUGCGCGCUUACGUAAAAUUUACUAAGUACGUUUCGGGGCUUCCGUUUUUAAUUCGUCUGGCGAUGAGCUGAGCAAGAAAAUCCACAAAGUUCCCUGUGGUUUGUUUGAUUUAAUUACGUUGGCCUUAAGAAACGAUAUAAUAUGGCUGUAGUCAUGAGUUCAACAUGCCCGGGUUUGUACUGUGGAAAGACGCUGAUAAACGGCUCCUUUGAGAGCGAGUGCGGGGUGUGUCCUCGGGGGGAGAGGACCAACCUUCAGAAGAUUUGUGAGAAGUGCACCGAGUCGCCGGAGCUGUAUGACUGGCUGUACCUGGGCUUCAUGGCCAUGCUGCCGCUCGUGUUGCACUGGUUCUUCAUCGAGUGGUACUCAGGAAAGAAGAGCUCCAGCGCGCUGUUUCAGCAUGUGACUGCUCUUCUGGAAUGUGGGGUUGCCGCCGUGGUGACCCUGCUGGUGAACGACCCAGUGGGUCAACUAUCCAUCCGGUCCUGCAGGGUCCAGAUGCUGUCGGACUGGUACACGAUGCUGUAUAACCCCAGCCCGGACUAUGUCACCACCCUGCAUUGUACCCAGGAGGCAGUUUUUCCACUGUACACUAUUGUGCUGAUAUACUACGCUUUCUGUCUGGUCCUGAUGAUGCUUCUGAGGCCACUCCUGGUCAAGAAGAUCGCGUGUGGCUUGGGAAAGUCGGACCGCUUCAAGAGCAUCUAUGCUGCCCUUUACUUCUUCCCCAUCCUUACGGUCCUGCAGGCUGUGGGUGGUGGUCUGCUUUACUACGCUUUCCCGUACAUCAUCCUGGUCUUGUCCUUGGUCACCUUGGCCGUCUACAUGUCCGCCUCUGAAAUACAGUCUUUCAAAAACCUUGUUGCUAAGAAGAAGAGGCUGGUGGUGCUGUUCAGCCAUUGGCUGCUGCACGCCUACGGCAUCAUCUCCAUCUCCCGGCUGGACAAGCUGGAGCAGGACCUGCCGCUGCUGGCCCUGGUCCCUGGCCCCGCCCUCUUUUACCUGCUCACUUCCAAGUUCACGGAGCCCAACAGGAUUCUGUCCGAAGGGGGCAGCGGGCACUGAAAAGGGGCCAGCCAUCCCAAACUUGUAGUGUGCCCUCCAGCUCCUGGCGAUGCAUAAAUAUCCCCCUGCCCACGGUGGGCAUGGCCCCAUCUGUGCCCUGGCCGCACGGGGGGGAGAACAGGUGACACUGGCAUUGCACGCUCUUCCUUCCGCUCACCCUGUGCCAUGACACAGUCAGAACUGUAGGGCUCUUUUACAUUCCUCUCUCAAGGACAGAGUUAAGUUCUGUGUGUGUGUGUGUGUGUGUGUGUGUGUAUAUAUAUAUAAAUAGAUGUAUGUAUGUACAAAAUAGAGUUUAUAUGUGUAUCUGAAGUACUGUAAGGUGAGGGACGUAGUGCACGUGCAUGUCUCUGCUCACGGUGGAGUUGGAGUCUUUCGUCGACGUUGAUAAAUUUGUCUUGAAAAUGUCUUUUUGAAGUAGUCUGGUUCUGGUUUUUUGUCUCUUUUUAAUCGACUGUGGACUAGUCCUCGUUCUGAUGGAAUUGUCUAACCUGUGAGACAGCAGUGCUGCUCCUGCACCGUUCCUCAAGGCUGAUGUUGGAUCCGUUUGGUAACGUGGGCUGGAAUCUGUGUAUGGGACUCGCUAAUGCCACAGAAUCGACAUGCCAAGACGCUUUACUGUUCACACUGACUCACAGGUGUGUGUGUGCACGCAGACUGACAUAGGGAGCGUAACACGAUGGCUAGAUACUGGAUAAAACUGAAUUUGCAAUAGAGUUGCGUGUGUGGAAUACUGACACAAGUACUGCUGGAUGUAACCUUUGGUGCAUAAGAACAGCAGCAUGACCUAGGUGUUUGCCUCUCUAACAAUACGCUGUGUGCAUGGUCUCUUUACAUGACGUCGUCUUGUUCCCGCUGCUGCGUCUGAUGUUUUGGUAACUAAAAAUUUUUUCCUCUCUGAAUGUUUAAAUAAGAAAAAGUACGAGUUUACGUAAGCAUUUCUAUUUAUGAUUUUAAAAAAGCGGGUUAUCUUUAAUAUUUAAAGAAAUAAAAUUACUCUGCUAUAACUGAA